AUGACGAAGAUCAACAGCUCCCUCCACUCCUCGAGGAGAAAGUCUCGCAAGGCUCAUUACGAUGCGCCCUCCAGCGUCAGACGCACAAUCAUGAGCGCUCCUCUCAGCAAGGAACUCCGUGAAAAGUACAAUGUCCGCUCCAUUCCCAUCCGAAAAGACGAUGAAGUUCUCGUUGUUCGAGGUUCCAACAAGGGCCGCGAAGGAAAGAUCACCUCCGUCUACCGUCUCAAAUACAUCGUCCACAUCGAGCGAGUUGUCAAGGAGAAGUCCUCUGGUCAAUCUGUUCCUAUCGGCGUCCACCCCUCAAAAGUUGUUAUCACCAAGUUGAAGCUCGACAAGGACCGUGAGAACAUUUUGGAGCGCAUCAAGGCUGGUCGUGAGAUCAAGGAGAAGUUGAAGUCGAAGGCAUAAUUGGCACAAGAAUGGCGUGACGGGCAUGGUUGUUUUCCGCAUGGCUGGUUGGAGCUGGCCGGAUGUGCUACACAUAGGGAAUGAAAAAAACAUUAUGGCCAUUUCACAUUCCUUCGUGCUUGCACGUCUGGUUUGCAUGUGAAAUGAUUCCAUGGGAGGUCCUCCUGAAGCAAAGUGCCGUGUUCAUCACGACAGAUUGUGGCGCCUUGCUAUACCUUGCUUUGGGAGGGCCAUCCUCAAGUAACCUGCAGAGAAACUGAUACUUG